AUGGACAGCACAGUAGUCCCCAGCCAAAUCAAAGAAUCUGGAGAACUGGAUAAAAGCACAGCAGACUUUUAUUCAGCCUAUCAGAAAGACUUACAGCCCAAAGGGACAUUUAAAACUUUACCCUUCCCAGCUAAUGCAACAACUAAUCCCCUAGAUUUCGGAGGUAACCCCCAUGUAAAUACUACUGACUGUAUGGGAGUUACUCAAACGAGGGAUGGAUUGAGUAGUUCCUCUGCUGGGUACUGCCUGCCCCUCACAGACAAAGGAAAAGAGGACUACGAAAAAGUCCUAAACAAUGUGAAGAGCGAGAAAAUGGCCUAUCAUACUUACACUGCAUAUAGUGAAAAAUCACAUGCGUUCGUGCUCAGAGGACUCGCUGAGAACACCAAAAUACAGGACAUAAAAGAGAACCUUGAAGAUGAGCAUGAAAUAGUUGCUCGGGAAAUAUAUACUAUGAAAACUAAAGAGCGUCCCCUCUACCUGGUAGUCACUGACCCGGUUAUCACCCUGGAGUACUUGAAUAAGAACGCUAGAAGAGUCCUGCACACCAGAGUGACCUGGGAGUUAAGGAAUGAUAAACGACAGGUAAGCACGGAAGAAGGUGAACGCAAUGUCAAACAACUCUUCAGAAGAGUAGCAGCAGCUCUGCCAGGCAUGGACUCCACGGAGAAUAAGCCGCCAGAAAAUAUGCAAGAAGUCGUCUUAAAAGACACUCCAAAUGAGCUUAAGGAUCCCGAUGGUGGUUGUGCGUGUUGA